CUGUCCUCUUGCUGACGAAUCAAUCCUCACUCCUUAAUUGACCAUGAGCAAUUCAUUUCUCUUUCAUGUCUCCAAAACGAUUCCGCGCUGUAAGCUAAAUAAUGUUUUCGCCUCACAAUUACAAACAAAUUCGACGGCCUUGCACAGUGCGAGCAGCAGUAGUGGCGGUGCUUCAGUACGUGCAUUCUCGUCAAGUACAUUGAAUGGUUCACCGGUGACAGUAUGGGGAGGCGACGCACUAUACAAAACACUGAAAGCAAGUCCAACACGAGCUGUGCUCGUUAUGCUACAACCGAUACGCAAAGGCGGUGAAACACAACGGUUUCGAUCCGUAUCCACUAACGCGUUUUUACGCGAACGAGACCCUAAAGACGAAGGCUCUGGUGGUAUUCCUGCCGAUGGCUCUGGUGCAGCGUCAGGCAAUGGUGACAGCAAUGACCAUAAAAGUGGGGGUAAUAACAACGGCGAAGAUGGAGGGAGUGGUGAUGGGAAGCCAUCCUCGGUAUUCCAAGUCAUCGACAAUCAGUUGCAAAAGCCGUCGGUUCCAGAAGUAUAUCCUCAAGUCCUAGCGCUCCCCAUCGGGAGGAGGCCACUGUUCCCUGGUUUUUACAAGGCUGUUGUUGUCAAGGAUCCAAAUGUGACUUCGGCGAUCAAGGAUCUACUUAAACGGGGUCAGCCAUAUGUCGGCGCAUUUUUGCUCAAGGAUGAAAACUUGGAUGUGGAUACCGUUACAAGCAUGGAUCAAGUAUAUGAUGUAGGCGUGUUUGCACAAAUUACGAGUGUGUUUCCGGCGAAUUCCGGAGGCGGAACAAGUGCAGAUAAACAAGACGCAGGAUUGACAGCCGUUCUGUAUCCUCACCGGCGGAUCAGAAUCACAGACCUCAUUCCUCCAGGCGUUGUAAUGGAAAACAUGGAGCCACCGCAUAAAAAGAACGGCAGCGAUGAACCAACCGCAACUGAGAAGAAAGAUGUAGAGAUGAAGACAACAGAUGAAGUUUACGCAAUUAGCGAAAAAGGACAGGAGUAUAAUGAAAAAACAGCAGAAGAUCAAAAGAAGGAAGCGCAAUAUGCAACAGCAUUCCUUGCAAAGGAGCAUCAUGUAUCGUUAGCGAACGUUGAAAAUCUAGUAGAGCCACCAUAUUCCAAAAAGGAUCAAACUAUUCGAGCUGUCACAUCGGAAAUCGUGUCCGUUUUCAAAGACAUUGCUUCUCUGAACCCACUUUUUAGAGAUCAGAUUGCCAGCUUUUCAAUGUCUCAAUCUGCUGGAAACGUAUUUGAGGAACCAGGGAAGCUAGCGGAUUUUGCAGCUGCUGUUUCUGCCGCUGAACCGGAAGAACUACAAGAAGUUCUCGAAAUAUUACCAAUUGAAGAGCGACUACAAAAGGCGCUUCUCGUGCUCAAGAAAGAACUCAUGAAUGCUCAGCUGCAGAGCAAAAUUUCAAAGGAGGUGGAAAGCAAGAUCGCCAAGCGUCAACGCGAGUUCUAUCUAAUGGAGCAGCUGAAAGGGAUCAAGAAGGAGCUUGGUAUAGAAAGUGACGGCAAGGACAAGCUUGUCGAAGAUUUCAAGGAAAAAGCACAAAAAUUAGACAUGCCUGCAGCGGUUAAGAAGGUUUUUGAUGAGGAAAUCAGCAAGCUUGCUCACCUCGAGCCUGCCGCAUCCGAGUUCAACGUUACGCGCAACUAUCUCGACUGGAUUACACAGAUACCCUGGGGUCAAAGAUCAAGAGAGAAUUACAACAUUCAGCACGCACAGGAGGUUUUGGAUGAGGAUCAUUAUGGACUCAAGGAUGUCAAAGAGCGUAUUCUUGAGUUCAUCGCCGUCGGCAAGCUGCGUGGCACUGUCGAAGGCAAGAUUCUAUGCUUAGUUGGUCCUCCGGGAACGGGAAAGACAUCAGUUGGCAAAAGCAUCGCCCGGGCUUUAGACCGCGAGUUCUAUCGGUUUUCAGUGGGUGGUUUGUCGGACGUUGCUGAAAUUAAAGGUCAUCGACGGACCUAUGUCGGUGCCAUGCCAGGCAAAGUUAUUCAGGCUUUGAAGAAGGUCAAGACCGAGAACCCACUUAUUCUAAUUGACGAAAUUGACAAGAUCGGUCGUGGCCACCAAGGCGAUCCUUCAUCGGCCCUGCUUGAACUGUUAGAUCCAGAGCAGAACGGGAGCUUUUUGGACCAUUACAUGGAUGUUCCCGUUGAUCUUUCCAAAGUACUGUUUGUCUGUACAGCUAACGUGCUGGAUACCAUUCCUGGACCACUGCUAGAUCGUAUGGAAGUGAUCCAGUUAUCAGGCUAUGUUGCAGAAGAAAAAGAAGCCAUUGCCGAGCGCUAUCUUGCCCCAGCAGCAAAGAUCGCAGCAGGACUCGAAAACGUUCGUGUUGUUCUGACGAAGGAUGCGGUCGAAACGCUAAUCAAGAGUUACUGUCGUGAGAGUGGUGUUCGUAACCUAAAGAAGCAAAUCGACAAGGUGUAUCGAAAGGCGGCUUACAACAUUGUGGAGCAUAUUGGAGAAGAUCAUUUUGAACAAGAGAAGGGGGAUUCACCCAAAGUAUUGCCUCACGACAAACGAUCAAAUGAUCCUAUCAAGGCGGAGCAGACAACGCCCGAAAAAGAGACCGGUCAAGAGAAAACGCAGGAGGAAAGAAAGCCCCUGGAGGUUCCUGGUGACAUUGACCUCCAGAUUUCUUCAAGUAAAUUGAAAGAUUAUGUUGGUCCCCCGGUUUUCCAAGCUGAUAGGCUGUAUGAAAAAACACCUCCCGGAGUAAUCAUGGGGCUGGCCUGGACCAGUAUGGGCGGAUCAUCGCUUUAUAUAGAAUCUGUGCUGGAAACGUCGCUCACACCCAAAUCGCAUCCACACCUAUCCAAAACCGGUCAGCUCGGAGACGUGAUGAAAGAAUCAACAAGCAUUGCAUAUACAUUUGCGAAAUCGUUAAUGGCGUCCUAUUUUCCCAAGAAUCGAUUUUUCGACAAAGCCCGUGUCCACCUUCAUUGUCCUGCAGGUGCUGUACCCAAAGAUGGACCCUCUGCAGGCGUUACGAUGGCAACUUCGCUUAUCUCACUGGCUCUCAAUGAGUCGGUGGAUCCGGAUAUUGCCAUGACAGGCGAACUCACUGUAACCGGCAAGGUGUUACAGAUUGGCGGUCUGAAAGAGAAAACAAUCGCAGCGAAGCGUUCCAGCGUUUCGACUAUCCUAUUUCCUAAAGAUAACCUUGCUGAUUGGGACGAACUUCCGGAUCAUGUCAAAGAAGGGAUCACUGGUAUACCUGUGGAUACUUAUGACGAUGUGUUUAAAAUAUGCUUCAAAAAUGUAUCCAAAGUAGAAGCAGAAAAUGUGUGGGAAAACGCCUUACCAGAAGCAGAAAUGCGCAGACAAGAUGAGAAGUCAGGUGACAGCAACAAUGAAUCAUAAGUAGCCAGUUUUGUCUUGUAUACACGUAUGCUUCUUCUCAUUAUCUAUAUCACGUCUCUCAAAAUAAUAAAAACAUAAUGACAUACAGUACUGAGAAUCUGUAAUU